CUUCAACAAGCUGCUCUUUUUGUCAUAUCCGCAGUAAAAGAGCCCAGAUCACCAUGAAGCUCGACCCCAAAGCCAUCCGAUAUCUCACUUCUGAGGAUUUCCGCGUGCUUUCAGCCGUGGAAACCGGAAGUCGGAAUCACGAAGUCGUCCCGACUCCUUUGAUCGCGCAAAUCUCCGGCCUUCGGGGUGGGAGCGGAGUGCAUCGAGCCAUUUCGAACUUGGCCAAGACAAACCUGAUUGCGAAAGUGAAAAAUGCGAAAUAUGAUGGCUACCGACUCACCUACGGCGGUCUCGAUUAUCUCGCCCUCAAUGCCCACCAAAAGAACAAAUGCAUCUACUCCGUCGGAAACCAAAUCGGAGUCGGCAAGGAAUCAGAUAUCGUCGUGGUCGCAAACAACCAGGGAACGCAGCGCAUCUUGAAAAUCCACCGGUUGGGUCGUAUUUCUUUCCGAUCAGUCAAGACGAACCGGGAUUACUUGCGCAACCGAAGCACGGGAUCGUGGAUGUACAUGUCGCGGCUGGCAGCGAUGAAGGAAUAUGCGUUCAUGAAGGCCCUCCGCGAGAACGGAUUUUCUGUACCGGAGCCCAUUGCGCAGAACCGUCACACGAUCGUAAUGGGCUUGAUCGAUGCUUUCCCCCUCCGUCAGAUCGCCAAGGUCCCUCGGCCGGCGCAACUAUACUCGGAGCUUAUGGAUAUGAUUUUGAAGCUGGCGCGCUACGGACUGAUCCACGGUGAUUUCAACGAGUUCAACCUUCUUAUCAAGGAGGAAGAGGACCCCGAAGCAAAGCGAAAGGCCCCCGCAGAUGCAGAGGAUGACGAGAACAUCAAGCUUACUCCGGUCUUGAUCGAUUUCCCGCAAAUGGUGUCGGUAGACCAUGUCAAUGCGGAGAUGUACUUUGAUCGAGACGUGAACUGCGUCAAGCGAUUUUUCAAGCGCAAGUUUCAUUUCGUGAGCGACGAGCCAGGCCCCUUCUUCGCCGACGCCAAGAAACAACUACGACAGAAUCCCGGGAAGCGAUUGGACGUGGAUGUUGAGGCGUCUGGAUUUUCGAAGAAGAUGGCUCGAGAGCUGGAGGCAUACAUGAAGGAAGUUGGUGCCGACGGUGAUGGAGAGGGUAGCAAGGAAGAAGGAAAGGACAGUGAAGAUGAGGAAGAAGAAGAGGAUGACGUGCAAUCAGGCUCCGAGGGCGAGGCUGCCGGUGACAGUAGCGAAACUGAGCAACCCAAGGAGUCUCAAGCAGACGAGGUCCAUGACAGUGCGCAAAAGCUAGAAAAGUUGCAGGUUUCGGAGUCGUCUGCGCAGUAGGGGCACUGGGAUGAAAAAAAUUCGUUGAAUGAUAAUGACAUGAUGAGCAAUAUAG